GAAUUAUCUACAGCUUUGCCUUCCUCAUUCCUGUCUGUGACUCAAAAUUAGGGAUUUGGAGGAGAGUGCUAUUUAAAUUGGUUCUAUUCUCACUUCUGCAGUCCUCAUUCAUACGUUGUUAAGCUCUCUCACACAAACACUUCCAACUCCAUUUUCCGAUCCCGACAUGUCUGAAUCACACCUCCCGCCCAACCCGCUUCCUCAGCCCAAUCCCACCAACCCGGAAAACACCCCGGCCGACCCGCUUCUGGACACCGACGCCUACAUCGACGACCCGUGCCGGAAUAUUACGGAUGCCGCCGAAGCCGAGUUACCCAAGCAGCCCUUGCCGGAGUUCGCGCCGGGAGUCGUGAUUGCGGCUGAGCCUAUCUCGAUGUAUGUCCCGGACCCGGAGGAGGCCGCGCCCGAGCAGCCCGCGCCGCGGACGGCUAGGCGGAGGGAUCCCGAGGAGAUGGCCAAGCGGCCGAGCUGGUUGCCGGAGGACUGGAAGAUUGAGUUGAAAAAGCGCGUAUCUGGAGCCUCAGCUGGACUCUAUGAUCCAUAUUACUGUGAACCAACGGGGCAACACCGCUUCCGUUCGAAGGUAGAGGUGCUUCACUUCCUGGAAACAGGAAGUAAGCCAACAAAGAGGAAGGCGACCUCUGAAAGUGAGACUGCUAAGCCUUCGAAGAGUCCUGCGACUCAAACAAAAAAGAAGUCCGCCACAAAUCGGAAGAAAACAGAAGCUGCUGUUGAUAACAGUGAACAAGCAGCGCCUGCUGUUAAUGGCGCCCAGGAAGACACCGCCCAACAGGCAUGAAGUGCGUAGAUGGUAAAGCGAAGCGCGAGCAUGACAGGGUCUCUAACUGAAACUCAGCGCUUGUUUUUGAUUACCAUACUUCGCAUAGAUUCUGUUGGUAGACAUUUGCUAAUGUGGCUUAAAACAUUAUUUUGCCAUUGUUUGUGGUUCAAUUUGAACUAGAUUAGACUUUUCAUUUUUAGGUCUGUGGAAUGUGAAGAGAACUCUACUGUAUUUUUCGAUUGAAAUUAUUUUGGAAGCCCUCUUCAAAGAUA